GUGGAAUAUCAUUUUAAAUGCUAAUGAUUUGCAGGAUCUUUGUAUUAUACUUCACUAUUGAAUUGAUUUCGUCCCAACCGGAACCUGUUUACAUAAGCGAUGAUACUAAAGAUGUAUCCAUUCAACCUGAAACUAAUAUAACACCACUUAGUCCGAUUAGGCUUCUAAUACUAUCAUUAGACGAGGUUAAAUUAAUGAGAUCAGUGGUUGACAAUUUGAUUACGAAACUAAAUAUUAUAUCACCUUCAAGUUCAGCUAAUAAGCCUCUUCAUAAUGGAUUAUUAUCAAAUCUUUGCAUUAUUUCUUAUAUCAUUCUAACACUUUUAUUAAUAUUUAGAAAAUACUGACGAUACU